ACACAGGACGAAUGCAUUUGAUAUGUGCUGCGAGAAGGCCGCUGCCCAGGACGAACUGCGUCAAUAUGUGGCCAGCAGCAGGGCGCAGCUCCAGCAGCUGCUGCAGCGUCUGCACUGGACAGAGCAGGGCGUGCUACAGCAGCAUCGCCCGAUACCCACAACAGACAGCCUGCCUGUGGAGGCUGAGCUGCCGCCCAGCUGCUCAGCGCCAGCAGAGCACAGCGUACAGCUGACCACGGCACAGCUGCAGCAAUUGUUGCCGCAGGCGACGCGGCUCAAGGCCAACACCUUUGACGAUCUGCAGGCCAACUUUAGCGCAGCCCAGAAGCUGCUCAUCUAUGAACAUGUGCUCAGCCGCACGCCACGCCAGCGUGCCAGCGUCGAGCAGAACGCCAACUUUGCCCAGCUGGUGGCCGAGACCAGGCGAGCGCAUCGCAAACAGCGACGGCAUCGCAAGAGCAAGCCCACGCUGCACGAGGAGAUGCAUCAGCUGGUCGAGCUGCAGAUGCAGGCGCUCCAGCAACAGUUGCUGCCAGCGAUUGCCGGCGAGGCAAGGCACAGCCGCUUUGAGCUAAAGCACAGGCGACGCAGUCGCAGUCGUGAGCGCAGAGGAUGCUCUUCGGGCAGCAGACGCUCCGAGCGACCGAAGCAGCGCAGUCGCAGUCGCAGCAGGCAUCGGCACAAGGGCAAACGGAAGCAUGCCAAGCGCUCCCGCAGCCGCUCCCCGCGCAGCCACAGGCGCACACAAUACAAUUAAGUUUGGGCUUUAGUUUU